AUGAAUGACAUGGACAACGACAUGGACAACUCCGACACUCUUGUCCUCCCAGACGGGCGAAAACUGGGAUACGUACAGUUCGGCUCCCCGACAGGACGUGCCAUCUUUUUCCUGCACGGCCACCCCGGAUCGCGCCUGGAAGGCGCCCAUCUGCACGAUCUGGGUUUGAAAUUAGGAGCCCGCAUCAUCUGUGCGGACAGGCCGGGGAUUGGAUUGAGCUCGCCGCAGCCGGGCAGAACACUCCUCGACCACCCCAAAGAUCUCGAACGGCUGGCAGAUCAUCUGAGGCUGGACAAGUAUGGUGUCCUGGGAGUCUCUGGUGGCGGACCAUACGCCCUCGCCUGCGCCUACGCCAUGCCCCGCGACAAGCUCAAGUGCGUCUCGAUCGUCUGCGGCCUGGGCCCCGUGUACGAGAUCGGCAUGAAAGGCGCGCGGUGGUUGAACUGGAUCGGCUUCACCUUCGGGUACCGGUACACGCCCUACUUCAUCAACCGGUGGUUCUGGCAGACGCAGACGAUGGGCCGCAUGGACCUCAGCGACGAGGAGCGCCUGGCGCGCCACAUGAAGGAAUUUGCCACGCCGCCCAAGACGCCGGCCGAGCAGAAAGACCACGAGGUUAUGAAAGACCCAGUCAAUGCCGGGCGGUUCAUGCGCGCGUCGCGAGCCACCUUCGCCCAGGGCUACGACACCACCCUCCAGGACGGCCGCCUGCUCAGCUCGCCCCUCGGGUUCCGCAUCGAAGAUAUCCGUCCCGACCUGCCCGUGCAGCUGUGGUAUGCGAAGAUGGACGUCAACGUGCCGCAGUACCACGGGGAAACGAUAGCUCAGCGAUUAGGCGGCCAGGCAGUCCUUCGAGUCGAGGACGAGACGCACGCAAGCCUGUUCUUCAACCGCCGCGAAGAGUUCCUCGGAGAACUGGUCAAGAGCAUUUAA